CUCAGACCUUUACAUAAACAGACGUUACUCUUGGAUUAGUUCCUAGAGUUGCAGACACAACUCUAGACUUCUAAAGAGAUACAACUCUUCCUAAACAUAGCUCUUCUCAAGAGACACAACUCUACUUAUAGAAUGAAAAAUGAAAAAUUGUUUUAAAGAUAUAUUUUCUGGGAGCAUUUUGUUCUUUCUCAUAUUCUUCUACUCUAUUUCGAUUUCUUUAACUAAAAUUUGACCACCACAUGUUUAAAGGUUACUAAGGGCAUGUUUGGCAGUGAUGUAAAAGAUCUCAAAGUGCUUUAACAACGUUAAGUAUUUUUCUGAGUUCAUAUGAAGUUUUGGGCUCUCUUUGGGAAUACGGUCUUGCAUUUUGUUUAAUUAUGUCAAUAAGUUGAUGAUUGCCUGAAGUGAUGAAGCAGAUGAAUUUUCUUCUCCUGUCAACACAAGGUUCUACAUCUUUUGCUGUGACCAACAAGGAGGACCAUGACAGAAGUGGAAUCUGCACAUGGGUCAUUUGUGAGCAAGGCUACAGGUCAUCCAUUGCCACCACCAGACCACGGGAGUUAUCGUCAACCUCAAAAUUUACAACCCAUACCGGCAAUACCACCCAAACUUAGUAAAUGGGAUCAAAGUGCUCCAGCUCAAGUACAUACAAAUGUAUUCACUGAAGUAUUAAGAAAAGAUCAACAGGAUGCUACAAAGAUACUAGCGUUGACAAACACCAACCUAGUUCCCUAUGUCAUCCUACAUCUUGCUGCUCUCAGUGGUGACUGGGAUAUUGCUAGAAACUUCUUGCAAUUAAAGCCACAAGCUGUAAGGGCUAAGAUCACAAAGGGUUCAGAAACUGCUCUUCAUAUUGCAGCUGGGGCCAAACGUACAAUAUUUGUUGAAGAGCUAGUUAAAUGGAUGACAUCAAAUGACCUCGAAUUGAAGAAUGAUGUGGGAAACACUGCUCUUCAUUUUGCUGCUGUAUCUGGUAUCAAAAGAAUCGCUGAGGUAAUGGUGGACAAGAAUCCAACACUACCUCAGAUCCGAGGUAUCAAAGAUUUAACACCUCUCCAUAUGGCCACCUUGCUUGGGCACAGGGAGAUUGUUUGGUAUCUAUACGAUAAGACAAUUUUGAUGGACCGUGACCAUAUGAGGCUUCUUAUUUCUGCCAUAACAGCAGAUCUUUAUGAUGUAGCACUGGAUAUAAUUCAAAAGAACCCUCAGAUUGCUUUUGCUCGAGAUGAAAAUGGAGAGACUCCACUUCAUGUAAUGGCUCGAAAGCCUUCAGCAUGUUAUAGUGGAAGUCAGCUGGGAUUCUGGCAACGAUGCAAAGGUUCAUUACUCCCCCAUACAAAGGCUCCUUACGGAAAAAAGUUAAUGCAUAUGCAAGCCACUCAACUUGUGAAGCAGCUCUGGGAGAAAAUUCUGACCUUAAACAGUGACUCUGCGAUAAGUGAUUUAAUUAGAACGCCUUCCAGCUUAUUGUUUACUGCUGCAGAGUUGGGCAAUAUUGACUUUCUGAUCAUACUUCUGAGGUCAUACCCUGGUCUUAUUUGGCAUGUUGAUGAACAGAAUCGAAGCAUAUUCCACACUGCAGUGAUUCACCGACAGGAGAAAGUUUUCAAUCUCAUUUAUGAAUUAGGUGGUCUAAAAGAAUUAAUAGCUUCUGAUAAAGAUAACGACAAUAAUAACAUGCUUCAUUUGGCCGCAAAACUUGCACCUGCAAUUCGACUAAAUGAUGAUACCGGGGCGGCUUUGAAGUUGAGAAGAGAGUUGCUUUGGUUUAAGGAAGUGGAGAAAAUCGUCCAGCCAUUGUAUAAAGAAAUGAGGAACUCCAUUGGGAAAACACCUCAAAUUCUAUUCACUGAGGAGCACAAGGAAUUAUUACGAGAAGGAGAAGUGUGGAUGAAGGGCACUGCAUCGUCAUGCAUGGUUGUUGCAACGCUCAUUGCAACUGUAAUGUUUGCUGCUUUCUCCACUGUCCCAGGUGGCAACAACAAUGACACUGGUAUUCCCAUAUUCCUUCAAUCAAGGGCCUUCAUCGUUUUUGCCAUAUCCGAUGCUGUUUCGCUCAUCUCCUCUGCGGCUUCCAUCUUGAGCUUUCUGUCCAUUCUGACGUCACGCUAUGCUGAAGGAGAUUUCCUCCAUUCGUUACCCAACAGAUUGAUCGUAGGGCUUGCAACUCUAUUCAUCUCCAUAACUGCCAUGAUGAUCACAUUCGUUGCCACAGUAUUUAUUGUUCUUGGCUCCGAAUUUCAUGGCAUAAAAGUCCCAAUUGCUUUGGUUGCUGGCGUCCCAGUUGGUUUCUAUGCCUUGCUACAAUUUCCCCUUCUUGCAGAUAUGGUCAGUCAUGCUUACAUUUCAAGAGUAUCUUUUCGUCCAAGCAACAAUCUUUUGCACUAGUUUCCAUGAUUAAAUUAGUGACAGCACUAAUUUAUUCAUUGCAUUUGUCUUAAUUUGUGUUUUUAUUUUUACAACUAUGAACCGAAAUUUAUGUUUUGCAUUGUAAAAUUUUUAAGUUGUACAAGGACUGUAUCAAAGAAAAGUAAAUCGACGAAUCACUUAUUAGAAGAAGCAUGGGAGGUGCUCAUGCUUCUUCUAAGACUUAUUUAGAAUUACUCCCGAACAAGCUCAUAAUCAC